CCCACAUCAACAGCUUCACAACACAAGACACCAACAAGACCUCAAUUUGAGGGUUCGCACAGUAAAUCUCCGUCCAAUAUGCCUCAGCAAGAGUCAAAGAUCGAGGACCCAGACGCGACCACCGCCGCCGCCACCGAGGUCGCCGCCGAAUCGAGCAAAGAAGCCCAACCCUCCAUCGAGUCCGGCGAAUCCAGCGACGAAGCAGCCACCACCGAGAUCGUAGAAGGCGGAGAACAAGCAGCGGAGAAGAAGAAGAAGAGCCGGAAACGUAAACUCAAGGAUGCGUUGAAGGGCAAGGGCAAGGCGCCCGACAUCUCGGACGUAAAUGCUCCUGUGGGCCAGCAUUUGAGCAAGGACCAGAUGAAUAUGCUGCUGGAGGCGAAUCCGGCGCUGAAGAAUGAACUCAUUUCCAAAGCGAAGGGCAAGGAGAAUAUUGAGCAGCUUAUCCGGAAGCUGAAUGUCAGCGAAUUGUUGACUGGGCUGGCGCCGCAGGGCAAGAAUGUCAAGGACAUGGGUAGCCAUGCGUUCUGGAAGACGCAACCCGUGCCGAGCUUUGAGGAGUUGGCGAGCCCCAAGGAGAAGAUUGUGGAUGGACCGAUCAAAGAGAUUGAGAUUGAGAAGGUGCCCAAGGAACCGAGUCAGAUGUAUCCUGGGUUCGAGUGGGUGACGAUGGACCUGGAGGACGAGAAGCAGUUGGAGGAGGUGUAUGAUUUGUUGACGAAUCAUUAUGUGGAGGAUCAAGAGGCCAUGUUUAGGUUUAGAUAUUCACCGUCUUUCCUGAACUGGGCGCUCAAGGCACCUGGAUGGAGGAAAGAAUGGCAUGUCGGCGUCCGGGCCUCCGCCUCCGGAAAGCUCGUGGCCUUCAUCUCCGGCAUCCCGAUCCAACUACGGGUGCGCGACAGGGUUCUCAACUGCUCCGAGGUUAACUUCCUUUGCGUGCACAAGAAACUCCGCUCAAAACGCCUCACCCCAGUCCUCAUCAAAGAAAUCACCCGUCGAUGCUACGUAGAAGGGGUCUUCCAGGCUGUAUAUACCGUCGGUUCUCUGCUCCCCACUCCCGUCUCUACAUGUCGUUACUUCCAUCGCGCUCUUCACUGGGAGAAGCUGUACGAUGUCGGCUUCUCCCCUCUCCCUCACAAUAGCACCAAACAGCGACAGAUACUGCGGUACAAACUCCCAGACAAGACUUUCACCCCCGGUCUCCGCCUCAUGGAACCCAAAGACGUAGACGUCGUGCUCGAUCUCCUAAGACGCUAUCUGAAGCGCAUGGACAUGGCGCAAGAAUUCUCCAAGGUGGAGUUCGAACACUGGAUGCUUCCGAGCGAGAAAUCAAAAGAACAGGUCGUAUGGAGCUACGUCAUCGAGGACCCUUCAACCAAGAAGAUCACGGAUUUCAUCUCGUUCUAUAACCUCGAAAGCUCGGUCCUGGGCCACAAGAAGCACAAUGUCAUCAAAGCCGCCUAUCUAUUCUACUACGCCAGCGAAACGGCCUUCGACAAGGACAAGAGCUUACUGAAGUCGCGUCUCAACGCACUCGUGAAGGACGCGCUGAUUUUGGCAAAGAAGGAAAACUUCGACGUCUUCAAUGCGCUGACUCUGCUCGAUAAUCCUCUUUUCCUGGAAGAUCAGCGGUUCGGUGCUGGUGAUGGCUCGCUGCAUUAUUAUCUGUACAAUUACAGGGCCGCGCCUCUUCCGGGUGGCAUCGAUGAGAGGGAUCAGUGUAGUGAGAAGCAUAUGGGUGGGAUUGGCUUGGUGAUGCUGUAGUGGAGAAGCUGUGCUUUCUUGUGCUCAGUCGGCAGUGGUGUAUCAAUGGCGCUGAGUUAUUAAGCGUCCGGGAUCUGAUACUCAUACCCUAUCAGAUACUGAAAAAUGUGUCAGAGAAUCUUACUAUUUUGUCACUCUUGA